UUUUAAAUUUUAAGAAUCCCAAACUACCCUUCUCCUUUCUUGAUUCUUUAAUCAAAACAACAUUUUCUUCUCUUUUCUCUCCUUCCUCAACAAUCAAAGAAUCUGAAAUCUUCUCCCUAAUACGACAAACACUGAGACACCCUUAAACCAAAUCCCAUCGUGCAGUAGCUCCAGCUCAAUUUCGAAACUGAAAGUUGGGAAUAUAGAGAGAAUUUGAUUGAUAUUUUCUGUUACAUUUGCAGUUUGCAGGUUUGAAACAGAAAGAAGAGUUGCGGAAAGUGAAUUCACAAAAUCGAAAUCAAUGAUUUUAUUGCAAUCCCAUUCCAGAUUUCUUCUACAAACCUUAUUGAAUAGGGUUCAAAAUCUCGAAAAAGCUGUAGAACUUGAUUACCACUGGGUUGAGUUUGAUGACGUUCGCUACCAUAUUCAGGUGUCGAUGAAGAACCCAAAUGUCCUGUUGUUAUCGGUCUCCUUACCUAUUCCGCCUCCAGAGACUGUUUUCGUUGGUGGACUUCCUUUUGGAGCUAUUGAAGCCAUUAAGGCUGCAUAUGGUGUGGUUGUGCAGAUUCUUGAUCCUCCAAGAGAUGGAUAUAAUCUCACUUUGAAACUCAAUUUGUCAAAACUUCCUCCAGAUGAAGAGUCCAGGCAUUCUCUUUUGGUAAAGAUUGCAUCUGUUAGGGAAGUAGUACUAGGUGCCCCUUUAAGAGUAGUACUAAAGCAUCUUGCUUCAAGAACUGUUUCUCCUGAUAGAGGUCGGCUUCUUGCGCUUGUGCAUCGGCCAAAUGAGUCUUUUUUCCUUGUUCCUCAGGCAGAAAAGGUGACUGUAGUAUUCCCUAUGAGAUUCAAGGACUCUGUAGAUACUUCUCUUGCAGCUUCCUUCCUUCAGGAAUUUGUGGAUGCACGACGUACAGCUGGACUUAAUAAUGCUCCUCCCUGUUCUUUUUCUCCUAAACCCCCUCCAGAACUAAAGGAAGCUCCUGCUGAAGCAUUAUCUUCAAAUGCAGGAUUUGUAUCUUUCGUCAUUUAUCCUCGUCAUGUAGAAGGCAAAAAGUUGGACCGUACAGUAUGGAAUUUAUCAACAUUUCAUGCAUAUGUUAAUUAUCAUGUUAAGAGCUCAGAAGGUUUCAUGCAUUCUCGCAUGCGACGACGUGUGGAGUCUCUGAUUCAGGCCUUGGAUCGAGCAAAAGCUGAUGCGGAGGAGAAACAGAAGUCACCAAAUAGCGGAUCUUUUAAACGGCUGUUAAUUGUAGAGUCUGAAGGAAGGCCGGGCUAAUUCAAAAUCUUGAAGGUGGAACUUAACGCUCUGUUGCUCCCUGAAGAACUUGCUGGCAUCUGUAUGCAGGAAGGGCUGCUGCAAGUGCUAUUACUUUUUUUUUUUUUUUCUUUUUUCUAGUGGUGGAAAAGAAAAAGGAAGACUGGAGUAUGUUUUCGUUUGUAAUGUGUAGGAUUUUGUUUAUAUUUGGUUCCCUGAGCUGCAAAAAUAUCAAUCUUUUUCUAGGUUACUUUUUGUUUGUUUUACCAAUUCAAUUUCUGUAUUAAACAUUGUUUUAUUUUGUAUUUUUUGGUUAUGAGUUUGAACUAGCAUGUCCAUGGAA